GACGACGCCGACAACGACCGCCACGAGUUACGGCGACAUAAGUGCAUCAACCGCUAAAUUUGCAUGCCCGAGUUCUAUGUAGGUACCAUAUUUCAUCAUCAUUCGUAGUCUGACCUUGAGCCCGGUAGCAGAGCGAUACUUUACGAUGCCAUUUUCGCGGCUAGUUUUAGCGUUGUUUAUAGUGAUCGUUCAAGGCCAAAGCAUCACCGAUGGAGACGAAUAUUUCCACCAUGCGUCAACGAGAUUUACGUUCGACUUCUUCCGAUUGGCACAUCGACUGGAGCCCAAUCAGAGCUCGAUCAUGUCCCCGAUAUCGAUACAUUCCGGGCUGUCUAUGAUGUAUCAUUUGACCAAUCAGCAGGCGGCCGAAGAGAUGCAACGCAUACUUGGAUUACCAGUUAGUGUUGGUCAAGUGCGAGAGCAGCUGAAAAAGUUUCUAGCCGGUGUUAACCAAGACACACUCAAGAUGGCAUCGAAAAUCUACUACUCCUACCACAUUGGCGCCGGCCCGAAUGUUCUCAAUCUGCUUCAACGCUACUAUCGGAUAGCACUGGAAGCCAUUGACUUCAGUCGUAGCCAGUACGUAGCUGAUUCGGUUAACAAUUGGGUCUAUCAAGUAACCAAGGCAAGGUUUACCGAGUUCUUCCACCCAGACGAAGUCGGAAUGUAUGAGAACAUCAUGUUACUCAGUGCCGUCUCCAUGAACGCAUCCUGGAAGGUACAGUUUCAAUCGCGAUCGACAACCAAAAAGACCUUCCACUUUAUCAACGGGGGUCGUGAAGUGGAGAUGAUGUACGAGAAUGGACUCUACCGAUACGGUGAAUAUCGUGGACUGAGGAUUCUAGAACUUCCUUACGAAAACAAAACGGAUCUGGAAAUGUUGGUGAUUGCUUCCAAAAAUCGUGAAUCCAUACGUCAUGUGAUUGGGGUCCUCAAUCCCAAGCUAUAUGCCAACCUUGAACACAAACUGCGUUAUGAGCAUGUGGUUUUGAGCUUGCCGAAGUUUUCUAUCAACAAGAAGAUAGAAACGCAACACAUUCUGGAAACCAUGGGCUUGAAGGCGGUUUUCCAGGACGGAGCUAUCAGCAUCUCGAAGACGGUCCCAUCAAAGUUGGCGGACAUCAAACAAAGCGCAAGGAUUGACGUUACGGAAAAGGGCGCCACAUCGAUUGCUGUGAUGGGUAUGGGUUUGAUGUUCGGUUCUUCAUCGAUGAGAACGAUCUGGUUCAGUGUCAAUCGACCCUUUGUGUACAUUAUACGGAAGCGCUCAACUAAGGACAUUAUAUUUAUAGGACACUACUCACAUUUUUGCAGUUGAAAAAUAUUACUAUUUUCGAAUAAUAUACGUAAAA